UCUCCUGAGGACAAGCUGAGAAGAGAAGAGAGAAGAGAGGAGAAGAGUAGGAGAAGGAGCUGGAGCCCUAAGCAGCCUCCCCCCUACGUUUUUUUCUUCUACUGUUCUUUUUUUUAUCCCCCACCCCUUCAAUGUGGACUGUGCUAUCUGCGAAUCUGCCCAGAAGAGAGAAGACACUCCUCGGCGAACUUUCUGUCCUUUUAAUCCUCGGCGUGUUCGUUUGGUCGCGCAUCUGCAGCAUGAUACAGAGUAGACUGUAAGGGAGUUUUUCUCUGUCGUUUCUUUUUGGUUCUGCGCUUUCGCUACCCAAGAAACAGUUUCACAGUGAGGGAUUUCCGUUCCUGCUGAGCCCUAAAUGACGGCCGAGGUCCAGCAGCCCUCCGUGCAGACCCCUGCCCAGAGCAGCCCGAUGUCUGCGCCAGAAAAACCGGCGGCCAUGGACGCGGCCUCUUCAGCCACGAAGACCAAGAAGACGAACGCGGGGAUCCGGCGCCCAGAAAAGCCGCCGUACUCCUACAUCGCUCUGAUUGUUAUGGCCAUCCAAAGCUCGCCCACCAAGCGACUGACCCUCAGUGAGAUCUACCAGUUCCUCCAGAGCCGCUUCCCUUUUUUCCGCGGCUCCUACCAGGGCUGGAAGAACUCGGUGCGCCACAACCUGUCCCUCAACGAGUGCUUCAUCAAGCUGCCCAAGGGCCUGGGCAGACCGGGCAAGGGCCACUACUGGACCAUCGACCCGGCAAGCGAGUUCAUGUUCGAGGAGGGCUCGUUUAGGCGCAGGCCGCGCGGAUUCAGGCGCAAGUGCCAGGCGCUCAAGCCUUCCAUGUACAGCAUGAUGAACGGCCUGGGCUUCAACCAUCUCCCCGACUCGUACAACUUCCAGGGCGGCGGCGGGGGACUGUCCUGCCCGCCCAACAGCCUGUCCUUGGAGAGCGGGAUUGGGAUGAUGAACGGACACUUGGCCAGCAACAUGGACGGCAUGGGCCUGGCCGGGCACUCCAUGUCCCAUCUGUCAGCCAGCGGCGGACACUCGUACAUGGGGAGCUGCACGGGGGCCUCGGCCGGCGACUACCCCCACCACGACAACGCCGCGUCCCCGCUGCUGCCCAGCGGAGGGGUCAUGGAGCCCCAUCCCGUUUACUCGAGCCCCACGUCAGCCUGGGCCCCCGCCCCGUCCGCCUCGCUCAACAACGGAGCGUCAUACAUCAAGCAGCAGCCGCUCUCGCCCUGCAACCCCGGGGCGAACCCUCUGCAGCCCAGCUUACCCACGCACUCUCUGGACCAGUCUUAUCUGCACCAGAACGGACACAGCACGAGCGAGCUGCAAGGUAUCCCCCGGUACCACUCGCAGUCCCCCAGCAUGUGUGACAGGAAGGAGUUCGUCUUCUCCUUCAACGCCAUGACUUCCUCCAGCAUGCACUCGCCCGGGAGCGGCUCCUACUACCACCAUCAGCAGGUCGCUUACCAGGACAUCAAACCGUGCGUGAUGUGACAGCAGCUGUGAGGGGGAGACGCCAGCCGAGCACUGCUGAAGGAGAUCCGCUGGAGGAGGGUCUCAGGCCCCGUUGGAGCGCAGUGAGGCUGAGGGCUCGCUGGAGAGAGACACGGAGCUCCGAACCACUCAGACAAAACACACAAACCCACGACGAGAAACUCGGUACAAGGACAGGACAGAGCGCUUGCGCCCUGUAACCCGGGCGGGUGAAGACGGAGCACGCGGGCCAGACUCUGCAGCAAAUAAAGACUAGAACCUGAGACUCUCGCGCCGCCCGGUACCCGCUCUGCUGGCGGAUCACUAACACAUCAGAGUGUGAGAGAGUGAGGGAGUGUGAGAGAGAGACUGGCCUCAGAACACAAAGCCCCGGACCGGGACGAGCCCAUUUCCAGUGGAAAAAAAUGGUCUUAUGUAUUUUUAAUGUUAUUUUCAAUUCAGGACGAGUUGUUCUAUAUCUGAUCAUAGACCAUUUUUAUUAUUAUUUUUUAUUAUUUUUUGGUUAAUUAGUGUAAGUAAAUCCAUUAGACUAUCAUAAAUAAGGAAGAAAAAUGAAUGAAGGCACUUUUAAACGUCAAAGCGCAACUUAUUUAUUCUGUUUCUAUUUUGAUUGUAUAAUUAUAGCCAUAGUAUUGAGAACGCUUUAUUGGCAAUAUUUGUCAAGACGCUGUCUUUAUUCAGUGUAUAAAUGAAGGUUAAAAAUGUAAGCACUGUUGUUUCGGUUGGUUGCUGUUUUUCUUAAUGUCUGAAUAUCCGUAUUGACACGAGUCAUUUUCCAGCACUGUAAAACCUGUCUAUAGUGUAGGGAAUAUGUUUUAGUAGCAUAGGCUUCUUUUUCCUGUUUCGAUGUCUUUAGACAUUCGGUCAUGUACGCACCAUUUGUAUAAAAUUGUAUAAAAGCAAUAAUGGCAUGCAGUUUGAAUUAAACCGUUCAAAAACUUCCAUACGCAAACACA